GGUGAUACAAUUCCACACGAUUAAUCGUUCAUUACCUUCCAGGUGUAGGUGUAGAAGCUAUCCAAGAAAAAGACGUUGUGGAAUUGUCAAUGUAUGAAGCCUGACGUAAGUUUCCUUUACUCUUUAUUUGCAAUAAUGUAAGCAUCCUUAAUUACAAGAUUACGAAAACCGGUUGUUUAGAACAAAAAAAAAAAACCAAGGGAGCCAUAGUAGCUCCUGUUUAAACUGUUUAGCCCAAGACAGCUCUUUAAAUAUUAAGACGUAAAUGAUAAUGACAAAUUUCCCUAGGCAAUUCCGUACUAACCUUCAUCCUAUAAAAUUAGCCUGUAUGGAACGCAUACGAAUCUGUCCUUCAUAUUGUGCAUGUAAUGUAUAACGUGACAUUCAUGACUGUCAUGUGACAUAGCGUUACCAGUACUAUAUUUAACCACAGGCAGCCCAAUAAGGUUUCCGUUCCGAAGGCGAUUGGCUACGAAAUUUGCUCCAGGUAUCUAGUAGAGGCCCCCCCCCCCCGAUCUAGUGCGGCUACUAAGAACCUUAUCAAAGUGUUUUUUCAGUCUUCAGAGAAAUUUGGUAAUUUGAGAUUUCAAGAAGUCCUUGUGUUCGGCACAUUUAUUUCUCCAAAAUACAACAAAUCACUCUCGCAAUGCGACAGGUGUGAACUGAGAAAUGAAAGGAAAAGGCUCUGUUCUCUCUGUUGGUUGGUUGCCUUCGUGGCAAACGCUCUAAACCCUCUUGUUUUAGACAGGAGCCGAUAAGUAAUCGGCUCCUGGUGUAGAAGAGCGCGUGGGCCGGCAACGCAAGUUAAGUUGGUAACCGAGAGAGAACCAACCUCGUCCCCAGGGCGCCUUUCCCUGGCUUUGGCACCUUCAAAGCCAGGAAAAAGCGCCCUGGGGACGAGGUUGAGAGAGAACGAGCUAUUACAGCUCAUUCGCUACCUUUUUUUUUUUUUUUUUUUUUUUUUUUUUCAAAGACCCUCUUUUUUCUCUUUAGAGAUCGUCUAGCGUGCGUAUGAAAACAAAAACAUCAUUGGUUUACAAUGCAGCAAGAAAAAGGUCUUUGAACAGGCUACUCGUCUCUCCGUCUCCUAGCCCCACCCCCGAACGGGCGGCACAUGUCAGACUAUGACUCAUUUUCAUUCAUUGCCCAUUCUCUCUUGUUGGUAGAAAUAAUCCUAUCCUAAAGGUGCAGUAAGAUUCAAACCUGGAGACACGAUGCUCCCCAACUCAACUGUCAUUCUUUAUAGCCUGAGCAUCAAUACUGUGAUCGAUCUUCCUAGAUAAGGUUAAUAAAUUUAGCGUGCAAAGAAAGUAGUGUCCGAUAGCCUGGGACUAGUGGAGUUUGCUAUCGAGCUAGCGAAUUCUGUUCUUAACUUGCCCGCCAGGCAAGUGAAGUUUUUUGGCAAAUUCACAUUAUUAAAAAAGUCAAUCCUGCUGAUCAAAAAACUUUUUUCGGGCUAAUUAAAAUGACCCUUGGGCUAGUACAUGAUUAUACCUGCCAACUAUUUUUAAUUUAUGGGCGUGACAUUUUCAUCCUGAGAAUGUUAGCAUUUUUCGUAGGGGUCCGAUAAUAUGCGAAGAUGCCCGAAGACGUUCGGAAGACGUUUCAAAACGUUCCGUCUAACACAAACACGAAAUAACACGACCUCGUGUCCAUCGACUUUGUCUACUAAAGUAAGAGAAUUUGGAGAAAGUCGAUCAUUCACAAGGACUUUUAUUUUUUCUCUCAUUGGUUUCAGUUUCUUUAAAUGAUUAAUAUAUUUUUCAAAAUGUGUCAGUAAGUGCUGUAAUGGCUCAAACUUUUCUACCAGGUGUGAGAAAUUGGAACACAGUGAGUAGGUGUGAGAUCGAAGUUUUCGAUUCGCAGGUGUGACAAUCACGCCUUAGGCAUGGAACUUGCAGGUAUAAAUGCUAGUUGACUUUCUUCGCACCCUGAGGUUCCUUCCUCUUCCCGACUAAUCUAGGAAGAUCGAACGGCCUAUGCUAUCAGGCGUUUCGGGAGGGGAAGAAGAAAAGAGAGCGAAAAGUGAAGACAGCCUGAUACUCAGACUAUAUUGUUUAGGGAGUAUUCCGGAGUAAGAGACACCAAGACCAUGAGUUGAUUCUUUAGCUAAUUAAGAAACGCGUUCUGAGAGCUUAGCGAAUAUCAUACGCAAAUUUAUUUCGUUCAUCCCAAAGCGUUUUAAGGAAAAACUUAUAAUCUUUGUAGUCUAUUUAGAUAGCUUGAGAAAACAGCCGUAAUUUCGCGACGCCACCACUGACAGUCGCUAAAUCUGGAGGGUCGUUACUUGCUGACCUUUCUGGAUUUGGCCAGAGAAAGAGGCGGAAAUCGAGUCAAGUUUUACUGUAAAAUGUUAUCUCUGCUUUCAAAGGUUCACUAACUUCCGGUGUCGUUACUCCGCCCUGUACAGUUUGAGUUCAAAAAAAUAUCCUGAGUUAUUUUGUAUAUGUUUUUCUUUUGUAGCGAAGCUGUCAAUUCAAUUCACACUGUAACAUGACAGCUGGGGGGAAAGAGGAUGAGCGAACUGCGCUUAUUUCAGGGAAUGCAGUUGACAAUGGCUUAGUUUAUAGUGGAACCUACCCUGGUUCUUCUACAAAGAAUGAUGACGUCACAGAUGGACGUGCUGAUAAGCUGGUGGUCACCCUGUGCAUUCUCAUCACCGAGUUUUGUGAGCGCCUAACGUUCUACGGACUGGUAGCAAAUAUGGUGUUAUUUUGCAAAGAUGAACUAGAUCUUCCCGCACCGUGGCCCUCGACAAUUAAUUUGAUAUUUUCAGGUUAGUAGAUUUCUGCCAUUUAAAUUUGCACUAAAGUUCUGCUCAAAGUUAGCCUCCGUAGCAAGCGUUUCCUCGCGAGUUCGUCGAGAACGUUGACGAGAGCAAAAAAAAAGGGAAUGACGGGGGAGGGGGAGGGGAGAGAAGUUUCCGUAAAUGAUCCUAAUACCUUAUUAUCACUUAUUUUCGCACGACUUUAAUUUCGCGAAUUUGGAAUAUAAAUAUUUCGCGGGACUUAAAUCUUGUGACUUUGACUCGAAUCGCCGUUUUUCAAGGUAAUUCAGUUUCGCUAAUCAACCACGCUGCUGCUUGUUUUUUAAACUUGCAUUUCUGCAUUUUAUUUAACCAUAACGGAAUAGAAACGCAACAAGCAACUGGCUAGCCUGUAUAGCAGGCGCUUGGAAGUAGUGGGCGCAAGAAAGAACGAACGCACGAGAGGGAGACACGUGAGGCAUGCCUGGUGCGUGUCUCUCUCUCGUGCGCCCCGGUUCCUGCGCCCACUACUUCCAAGCGCCUGCUACGCAGGCUAGCAACUGGCUGAAAUGUUCAACAAUGUCAGAAACAUAGCAUCGUUUAAACGUAAACUGAUACAAGCAACCGAGACACUAUUUAACUCGAUAGCGCUGCCAAUUAGCUCUUGGAUAAGGAUCGCCUAAAUGCUUUCAAAUGGAUCUUCAGGCGAUAAGGUUGUCUUCCCUUGAACAAGUUCGGAUAUUCCCGCUUUGCUCCCAUAUGAUCCUUUUAUAAUGUACCGCCUUCCCACACUGCCUGUCAAGUGGUUGUAAAGAAUAUUUUUAAAAGGAUAAACCAGUGAGUAGCACUACUGCGAACUUCUUGAGUUGUAACAUUGUUUUAUUGUCUCCUACGCGUUUAGUGUGACUCACCUAAACGAAAGUAGUCUUGGUUACCCCGGAACACGAAGAAAACGUACCGAUGUGCUGAUGUUUUUAUACUUACCACAAAAAACUAAUUCGACUGGUGGCAAGAUAGCCAGCUUCUGCAAAGCUUUGUAAGGCGUCUCAAUGGCCUAUUAAAAUCGCGCAAGAAUUUCAUUUAUGAUACUUACAGAUGUAGCAAUAUUCUGGCUGCUGGGUUGACGGCGCGAUUAUUUUUUUAGCGCUAGCAAAGUUUUGGCAGAGGAACUGUGAAGCCGUGCGGAACGCUUUUAAGAUUGGCUAAAAGGUAGUCAUUUUGUCUGGUAACAAUUAUGGAAUAGGGAUACUGAAAAUAUAUUUGAAAUCAGUGACUUGAAAAGGGGGAUCUACUGAAAAGUGGUUUUGUUGAAUGAUUCUGGUUGGGAAUGGAGCCAGCACAGCGCAUCUCAGAGUUUUUGACAGAGUUCUGCUGGUGUUUUACCCUCUGAGAGACGUGCGCCUAGUUGCUGAGUAUUUAAAAGUUGUACCAAACUAACUAAGAUAGCUAGACGAUGUUUAAAAGUUGACAUUGCUUUUAAUGUUAUACAAAAAUGUCAAGCCUAGAAAUUUUUUUCCAUACUUUAUUCCAUUUAAGAUCAUUUAAUUUGAAAUUAAAUUUGUUUAUGUUGCAGUAAGUUGGAGUUUAAAACAAAAGAAAAAAUAUAUAAAUAGACUUGCAACAAGAGACUGGCUUACUUGUAAAAUUUAUCUUCAAAACCAUUUCGUUCAUUUGGGGUCAUUUGGAUAGAAAGGAACUCUGCUUUCACUGCUCCUUACAAUUUACCAUUUUGUAUUUUCUAUUUUUAGGUGCCUGUUAUUUCAUUCCUUUAAUGGGUGGGUGGCUUGCCGAUGCUCGUUUGGGAAGAUACAAUGUUAUUUAUGGAAGCAUGUUAAUUUACGCUAUUGGGGCUCUCUUGAUCCUCCCAGUUUCGUAUAAUGGCAUCGAUCAUAACAAGACAAUGAGAUUGGUGUACUUUGUAUUGUCCCUCGUGCUGGUUGCACUGGGUACUGGGGGAAUCAAAGCUAACGUAGCGCCCUUAGGAGCUGAUCAGCUUGCAAGACAUGGGCCGAGAGCCGUCGAAAUCUUCUUCAUUUGGUUCUACUGGUUCAUAAACCUUGGAGGACUGAUCUCUUUUACAGUUGUUGUGUACAUACAACAAAAGUAUGGCUUUUUUUACGGGUACUUGAUCCCGGCAGGUACAUUGCUUUUAACCAUCACUGUCUUCGUGAGUGGCCGUAACAAGUACGUAAUCAAAACGCCAGGAGGAAGCCAGCUAAUCGAGACCGUGAAAAUAAUCUAUCAGGCUGUUAAAAAUCGACAAGGUCAAAGCGCAGAGAUGUGGCUGGAUCGGGCGAAGAGUAGAUUUGGUGGGGCGUACACUGAUGCACAAGUUGAAGACGUCAAGACUUUGUUAAGAAUUAUCCCAAUGAAUCUUCUAUUUGUCAUGUUCUUCGUAAUUUUUCCUGCUCAGGUAAGUUUUUUUUUUCAAUCAGGUUCACGUACUGCCCACUCAUGUAUAAAUGUAAUUAAUCACUAUGGCGUCUACUCUCCACGGUUCCGCAGCUAAGAAAUCAGGGAACUUAAAAAGUUCUCAGCCUUCAUUCACCUAGGGUCGAUCCUUCCCGCGGUCUAGUUCCUUCUAGAAGAGAGCGCUCAUUUGCCAAACAGUGGCUGGUAAUCGAGCCUAUUAUCCUCCCUAGCCUUGGUGGGGGAAUCUGGCAGAGCUUUUUCGCAGUCUACGUGGUUCCUGGCCCUGACUUUGUAUUAAAGGUCUAAGACUGAUUUGACUCCUGUCGUGGACUCAUGAUUGUUCCAUUAUCUCAUCUACACACUACCGAGCUUAGCCCUUUAAGCCUCAAUAUCAACAAACAAUUUCUUUAAACUCAUCUUUAUACAUUUCCUCUAAUUACUCGACUGUCGCAGCCUUUUCUAGCUGGCUAUUGAUAUGUCAAAAGGAAAAUUGAUUUUGGUCACUAUUGAAUGACUUAAAGCAUUUUUUUGUCUUUCAAGAUGCCUUUGACAGUUUGUCGACUUGUGUCAGUAACACAAGAAAGCUCUUUGAAGUACUAAGGGGAUUCUUGAUAAUUUCACAGGCGGUUCACACCCUGCGAGCAGAACCUUCAUUAGCACUUAUCCCUCCCACAAGCCAACAUUUUGCCCUAAGUGAGAAGUAAGUGAUAAUGUUGGCUUAGGGGAGUGGUGGGUGGGCAGUUUCCCAGAAACCUUAAUUGAUCCAUAAGAAGAAAAGGAGGCUCUGCCUGAAUCAUGUCGAACCUUUGAAGCCCGCUGCAGCUCAAACUUCUGGACUCUUCAACCUUGUUCUUUCUUGUCAAACUGUUUUUUUCGAGUGCGAGCAUUUGGCCAUUAAUUGAAAUGACCGAUGGUCAUAACCUAGCCCGCUAUAGGAAGCGCAAGGCUAUUAGGCCUGGGUUCGAAACUAUAUCCUAGCAACAUGCCGCGCAUGCUCAACAAAGAUCUUACUCGAUUCAUGCGCAGUUCGAGUGUGCCAUAUCCGAGCAAGGAGGGCAAGAAAAGCUCAGUGCUGGCAGCAGGAUGAGGCGUUUCUCUGCAUCUCAAAACUUUCCGCUUCUAAUGAAAAAAGCUCAUUCCAUACGAAACAGUAGUUUGAAACAGACAAUAAAAACAAAUUAAACGGAAGAAAUUUAAAAGGAAAGGCUGAACUAUUAACGCAUAAAAAUCACUCGUUAUAAAUUUAUAGUCAUGCAGCUAACGGUCAAUCGAAAUAGGCCAUUUCACAGUUGCAGAGGGAAACAAAGCUGGAGUUGACCUUCUUUUCAUACGACCCUUCUUGCUUUAUUAUAGUUUUCACUAUAAUUUCAAAGGAAUUAAAAGAAAAGAGGCCUUAGUAAGUUGUAUCAAAACCAGGCCAACCUCAAUGUCACUUUCACUCAAAGGUUAGAGAACUAAGCCUACAACUGUUACUAUUUUGCUGUAGUCUAUGACGGCUAGUGCAGCGUUUACACAGCGCACCCUUUUUGGGAAACUGUAAAUUAAAACACCUAUUGAUAACUUGCUGUUACAGUUGCAGACAACAUGGCUUAUCCAAGCCACCUACAUGAAGCUGGAAUUUCAGAGUUUCACUGUUCCACCAGCAUCCAUCUUUUCCUUCGACAUUAUUUGGGUUCUUGUAAUAACUCCCAUCGUCGGUCAAGUCGUAUAUCCUCUUCUAAAGUCCUGCGGUAUAAGCUUUACUUCGUUACGUAGGAUUGGUGUUGGAAUGCUUUUUGCUGCAGCAUCUAUGAUUGUAGCCGGUCUAGUGGAGAUCAUAAGAAGGCGAGAGGUCGAAGAAGGACAUUUCUUUGAUCAAGUUGUUUUUGGUAAACAUCGCCAAGCUUCAAAUCUAAAUGUUUUUUGGCAAAUACCCCAGUUUUUGAUUAUGGGCUGUGCUGAAGUACUGGCAGUUACAACAGGUAGGCACACGCCCUUAUUUAUUAUUAUUAUUAUUAUUAUUAUUAUUAUUAUUAUUAUUGUUGUUAUUAUUGAUUUAUUUAUUUAUGUAUUCGGUUUUUUUAAAUUGUGGACUGUUCAAGGCCCUCACUUUUGUCGCGACCAGCGGAAAGAAAAGAAAGUGCAAAACAAAAAAAUAAAGAUUCAUUCCUUUGUUUGAAAGCUUUUUUUCUUCAAAAGUCGCGAUGACUAGCCGCCCUUCGCGCCCUCGGCGGAAUGUCCCGACAUCACAUCACUCGAUCCUGAUCGUCACUUCUCACAGUAUUCUUAGUGGUUUGUAACCAUGUGACAAGGCAUUGUUUUGGUGGUCAAUACAAUAAUUUUUUUCGAAUAUAACGUAAAAAUGGGAUUUAGUUCCCAGAGGAAAAAAUGCUAUAUGGCCGCCGUGAUGGCACGUGCAAACCAGGAAUUUUCUCUUAAUACAGCUAGUUUAUCCCCUAAAAUCUCUACCAUCCUGCAAACUUUGGGCUCAAACGGAUAAAAACUCUAAAAGUAGUUCCUUGGCUUCAAUAACCCAAAGUCGCGACAGCAGACCCAGCGUGAAAAAAAUCGGGAAAAUGUAAUCUAAAUCUAGUCUUACCUUCAAAUGCAGGACUGGAGUUCUCGUAUUCUCAGUCUCCUGAGCACAUGAAGGGAGUUGUUUUGGGUAUCUUUUGCAUCUCGACUGGUAUUGGAUACUGGCUGUCCAGCUUGCUUGAAGUCAUAGUUCGUUCAGCUACCAACAACAAGUGGUAUCCAAGCGAAAAUCCCAACGAAGGAACAAUGGAAUGUUACUUCUUUCUGUUAGCUGGGCUAAUGAUUGUCAAUUUUGUCAUCUUUCUGUAUGUGGCUUCAAGAUAUAAAUAUAGGACCGCACCGAAGGAGAGUGAAAAAACAGCAAAUGACAGGGAGGAAGAUCAGAUUGAUGAACCUGAAGUGUGAUGCUUUGAAAUUCGUUUAAAAAACCAAACCAGCCCAUCAUGAAAACGUCCCAAGAAAGGACUAGCAUGCAUGGGAGAUGCUUGCCCGCUACGUGUUAGCACUGAGGGUCAUUUGUUUCAGGAUGUGCCGGAUGGUGCAAACUGAUUCAAAACACGUGAGAGGGCUAGGGAGAGAGGGAGCCUUCCUUGCCUGCCACCAGCCCCUUCUCCCAGAUCACGCGCAUCUUAUUUUCGCCUGGCUUGCUAUCUGAGAGGCCUGGCACAGGGUACACUGAGGGAAAAUCCGCGUGCUGAAUGGAUAAGCUUUGAAGAAUAUUAGGAAGCGAUUUUCCGUGAGGUCUAUACGCUAUAGAUACAGUGUGGCACAAAUUUUUGCGGUCGAGUUUAUUUUUGCGAAUUAGCGAUUUUUUGUGUUUUGCGGGAACUAAUUUUUGCGAUUAAGAUAGAAUGGUUUUUCUUGCUGCGAAUUAAUUUUUGCUUUGACAAUAUUUUCGUUUUCAUUGAGUACGUGAACAGAAAUACAUACUUUCAAACAAUACUAUGUUGUACGUUUUGUUUCUGAACUAAAGCGACAAGUUGUAAAUGAACAGACAAACAGAACAGAAAAAUUCCUUGUCUUGUUUUGGUGUAAAACUUUGGAAUGAGAUACCUUGCAUUAAUUGUCAUUUUAGAGAUCUUCCUAAAAAGAAAUUUACGAAAGUGCUUCACAGAUUGCUUUCCGACAUCUUAAAAAGAGAAGAUGACUAUAUUGAGACGUCAUUAAUAGUUGAAAAAGUUCGAUUAACAGUUAAGUGAUUUCUGUACAAAGUUUUCGCACUCCGUCAAUUCCUUUUUCGUCUUUCCUUAGCAGAUUUAAUGUAAUUAAAAUAAAACUAUGGUAGAAAUAUUAUUUAUUGUAACUUAAAAUAGUUUCCUUCCUUUCUUUUCCUUUAACUUUAUUAUUUUUCUUUUAACUGGUCCGCCUAGAUUAGCAAUUGCUAUUUUGCGGGCCAGUCUAUUGUAGUCAAUAUUUUUAUUAAAUAAAGUUGAAGUUGAAGUUGAAGUUGAUUUCUUAGUGCUGUAUUUUUGUGUAGCGAAUUUAAUUAGCAAAUAUUUUCUCUGGAGUAAAUUUUUGCUAAAAAAAAAGUUUGCGGUAAUUUUUAUUUUGCGAAUUAUUUGAAAAACCACAAGAAUUAGAACCUGCAAAAAUUUCGUGCCACACGGUGGGUCUAUUUUCAUGCUUUACUUCAAGAGAGAGAUCAUUCUCUCUUGUUUACGUACAUUAAACAUGAAAUAAUCUUAGAAAAGCCACUGCAAGAGUUAUUCAUCCAUGAACAAAAAAACAUAAAUUACUAUUUGAGUAACCUUCUACCUGGCUUAUUAUACUGAAGGAAAUUAACCAGUCCGAUUUUGUAAAAUCUGCGACAUUUUGAAACGGCGUUAAGUUGCCGUGCUAGACGGCUAUCGUAUCCCCAACUAUCUCCAAAGUAGUCAUAAUAGAGAUUAAGAAUGCUGUCGCUACUUAACCCCUUUUCUUGGCUUCUUAGAUUUUUUGACUCUCUAAUUAUUUUACGAAGUCAAUUACCCCUUUUUCUAUAUUGUUAUUUUAUGAAGCCUUUACGCCUUUUUCUUUCUAUUUCUUUAAUGUAGGCUUUUCUUUUGCUUGUAUGGGGUACAAUACAGAUGAGAACUAGGGCCUAGUUUUCACAGAGUUUUCGAGUUUUCCCAUAGAGUUUUCGAGAUUUCCCCACAGAGUUUUCAAGCCGCUGUAAAAGCGGUUUAAGAACUCAAGUUGCCUUUGCCUUUCCUAUCUUGUUAUUAAUGUUACAAUAUAGUGGUGGUUUUGUUAUUGUUACUCCGUUCCUUCUCCUAGCUCUCUCAACCGUCGAUUUCUUUUUACAUUCCUGAUCCUUGUAAUGCUUCGUCAUUCAGGGAUUGUCUAACCCCAAAACACUCGCGUUUUGCCUUUAUAUUUUAAACAGCAAAACAGUUGGGUUUUAUUUCUUUUUUUAAUCCUAAAAAUCGGUUUUUGAAGGCGCGGCGGAGCCUCUCUGAAACGCCCACGCGAGGAGCUUCUCAUUCUACAAUACUGGUCAAAAAUCUUGAAACACUUGUGUGAUUUUCCCCUUCCCCAAUGUUGAUUUGGGUCUUACAGUCGUCUCAGUGCUCCAAAAUACACGUAACUCAACAUUGGGGAAUGACGGAGAGGGGCACAUUUGAGUGACAACAAAGUUGUGAAGAGUAUGUGAAAAAAAGUUUCGACAGAACUCAACAGAAACUGUUUCCGUUUCAACGAUUUGUGACGGGUAUCAUUGAUUGUAGCCUGCAGCACAGGUGUUAUUUUUCGCGUUUUUAGAGAAUUUUAGCUAUUUGAAAUAGUUGAUAUACUAUUUAUUGUAUAAGACUCCAAAUAAAAAACAUGUAUGUAUAGGGAGAGGAGAUUGAGAAGGCUCCCUUUCCCUUUUCCCCUUAGUAUUUUACCCCUCCCCCUCCCCGUCCCUUCCCCUUUUUGCGCCUGUCACGAAAGGGGAAGUACCCUGCGUAGAAUAUUUUUAUAUUUGUAUGUAUUGUUCACAAGCAUUCAUUGAACCUCGCCAAGCUAGUUUAGUCCAAAGUGCAAAUGGAACCACAAUUGCAGAUCAACAAAGGAAAUAAUGAAUAAGGCCAUACUUGGUUUUAAAAUCUAGAUUUAAGAGGAUUUACUGAACUGCUCGUCAAAAGUACAGACCUAGGACUGCACCCUUUUUUGAAAAAAAAAUCGAAAGUCAGCUAAGAUUGAAGCCGGUCCAUUUACCAGCAAGUUUUCCUUGACAAAUUAGUAAACCCGGGUUGAAAAGAUUUCCUCACUUUUAAAUCAGGGGGAAAAACUUGACGCUUUUUACCAUUUCGAGAAAUUAAAAUCCCCGCGAAGUCUUCCCCGCAAUUCGUCACGUAACGGUUCUCCCUAUUGUUUCAGCUAUUGUUUCAUGGGACAAAACGGCUGCGUGGGAGACUAAUCCUCGCGUGAUUAUCCAACCCUCCGAUCCAUGGCUGUCACGUCAAUGUUUAAAUAUGGUAACGUUACACAUGACAUAUGACACAUGACAUCACUCAGCCUUGUGAUACGGUGUCAGAGGCCAUGUGACGUUGUUUAGACAUCCUUCAACCCACAUGACUUCCCGUAUUCCCAGAAAGAUUCACUUUCCCUUUUUUAUCUGUUUCCGUUUUGUCCGUCGUUAAAAUAGCUAUGCAAUUUUUAUUUCAGUGAGCAGUUGACUUAAUUAUUUUCCCUUUCGUUGACUUUGGUUGUUCACAUGCAACACUCAUGUGACACGUUUGUCUAUGCCUAGCCUUGGUUCCUUUACUUACCCAGGGAAGUGCUCUGACUAUCAUGUGAUAGGCGAACGGGCAAAAGUUCGUUCUCUUGAAGAAUCGAAUAAGCGGAAAAUGAAAAUUCGAUGACUACUGAUUUGACUCUAGGCAUCGCGUUACGAUAUGUUCCGAUCACAUGUCCAGCGUCACUUCAACUCAACUUCUUAAAAAAGCGUUGAACCUUAAAAUGAACAAGCAUUAAGCAUGACCAUCCCAUUAUCGCUAGAUAUUAGCUAGCUACUAGUUGACCUUUUUUAGGUUUUUUGAACAUUUUAGCAGUGGUUUUUCUCGAUACUUGCUGGUGGAGUUUUGCUGUGAAGAUCGCUUAAAAGGUAAGAAUAACUCAUAAAACGGCGCGCAAAUAUGAAAAGUCGGUUUAUAUGCAAUGAUGGAAACGUUUUUGAUAACUGCUCCCAGUGCAGCACAUGAUGAAGAAUGUUCUACAUGCAAGAGCAUGAUUUUCUUCAGUAUACGAAACGUUCGGGGUGCGCGGUGUUCAACGGCAAACAAAAAUUUUAAGAGAGUGAAAUCUUAAGUAUUUGUAGUUUCAUUUAAUUUUUCUUCUGCUCUCCUUUCGAUAUGAACCCGGUUCCGUGGUAGACCGGCAAAUUUAGCCUUAUAACCUUACAGAAGACCAGAGAGAAGACUUUCAAUUUUAGAACAGUGGUUCAAUUUUCUUUUCCGCCGAAAAUACGUUUAAGUGAGAUUUUAGGCAACGGAGCUUAAACAAAUCGUGUGGCCCGGUUUUUACAAGCUCUGUAAAGUGGAAAAAUUUUAGGCUAGGUUUAUUUCAGUUUUUAAGUUAUUUUCUCAGUUAUACGAUCACAAUUUAAACAAAAAAUUACAAAACUUAUUUUAAAAAAGCUAAUCAAAACAAUACUAAACAUGAAGAACUCCGCUUAGCCUUUUCUUACGAGUAGUUCUGUGGUGUAGUUGAGUGGUCAUGCCUGAUCCAUGCGUGAGUAAAACCCAUAUUUUCCUGCAGAUAAAUCCAUGCUCGGGGAAAUUAUUGUAUUAGCAAAAAAGUAAUGAGUAUAGUGAGUAUAUAAUCUUCUUGAAAUUUUUUUUACUGAUUUGCAGACAUAUCUGAGUUUAUUUGCGUUUCACCAUGGCAGCUCAGCGAAAUGAUGAUGAGCGUGCUGCACUGAUUUCAGGAAGUGGCGUUUACGGGGGCUUGGUUUAUAGUGGAAACCACUCUGGACACCCUGACCCUUCUCCUGGUGAUACCCAGGCCACCGGAAAUGGAAAAAAUCGGCUGGUUACCCUGUGCAUUCUAGUGACUGAGUUGUGUGAGCGAUUGACUUUCUACGGAUUGACAGGAAAUCUUGUUUUAUUUUGCAAAGAUGAACUGGAUCUUUCGGCACCGUGGCCUUCAACCAUUAUUUUGAUAUUUAUGGGUAAGUGUAAUUCUUAAAAUUACGUAGUAAUAACUGAUGACAAGAGAUCAUUUCAACUGAUCAUUUCAAGAGAUCAUUUCUCCUGUUGAUGAAAUAUAAUUUACAUUUGUAUUAUCAAGGUAGUCUCCAGUCUCCCUCCCCGUCGUUCUUGUCUCCCACGCAACGUUCCUCCCCAACAAAUAGCGAACUUAAGCAACCAGAACGCUCACCGUCGCGGACUUCAUGAAUAGCAACCGGAAGUUCGAUGUUUCUCUUGAUGGAACGCUUCUGUCUCACUCAACGAAUCCUUUUACCUUCCACUGUAGAAUUUGAUGAGUCAGAGCACUGAAAGACAGAAAGUAUCCACUUCCGGUUUCCAUUUUUAACGUCCUGGACGUCAACGUUCUCUUUGCUUAAGGUCCCUAAUGUGAGCAGCCGUUUUUUGGGGAGGAACGUUGCGUGACGAGACAAAAACGGCUGCGAUAGGGUGACUAUUAUCAUGAUUACGUACUCAAACCCGUUUAUAAACAACAAUCAGAGACAGCAAUGCUCAUAAUACUGCUACCAAAUGAAACUUUACGAUAACAUAAUCAGCGUUUGGUAAUAUCCCUAAGGCCCGGGUCAGGUGGCUCGAUGGGAUUUUUCUGGGCCAAUAUCUCCAAAGUUUGAUCAUCAACUACUUCGCCAUUAACAAAGAUAUAGAAAAACGAUUACCACAGCUAUAUAACACGAAGAUGGAAAUUUAUUAUCGGCAAUGUUAUGAUGUCAUCAGAGUCUUCAACCUCGUCCCCAGUGUCUUCUCGUUUUCCAAGAUGGAGGCGGCAAGAGAGAAGAUCCCUGGUCUUCUUCUCUGCCACAGCCAUAGGAAAACGAGAUAAACUGCGAGCAGUCUCUCUUUUUCUUGAGAUUUAGUGAGGGGAUAUAUUUUUGCUUACUUUUCUCGGGAUAAGUUAAGCGAGGAAAAUAAGGAACCCUUACUUUCUCUGAUCUCUUGACGUCAAAAUGUUUGAAUCUUAAGUGGAACCACGAACAGCAGGCGAGUGGUUUCCCUCUGAAGUUUUGAACACUUUGACGUCAUUUCUAUGGUUGAUAAGAGUACAGACCAUGGAAUGGAUUUGCCUUUCUAUAUAAUAACAUUGACAGUUACCUGAUUAUUGCUACUGCACUUUUUUACGCCCAUUUCCGUUGGCGUUUUGCGGAAAAUCGUGCGAGAGAUCCAAAGGCGGAUCAAGACCUUCAAAUAGGGGGGGCCCGGUCAUCCAGACCCUGAGAUAAGGGGGGGCGGUAUCAAAAUAAAUUUUGCGGCCCUUCGGGCCUCAGUUUGGUCUAAAAAUAAGGGGGUGCCGGGCCAUAGCUCUUGACCAUUCAGCGAGGGAGACUGAAAUCGCUCUGUUCUUGUAAUCAAAAUUAUCUAUUUUUUGUUACUUUUUCCCUGUUAUCAUGAAUGAGCAGACCAUUGUCCGUAGGUGACAUAAUGAUCGCUAGUCCAGUCAUACUUCGGAAAAAAGUUUUAACUGAUGAUAAAAAGGUAUUAUCUUAACCCCUCAGGUACCUGCUACCUUGUUCCCUUGCUUGGAGGAUGGGUAGCCGACACGUACAUGGGAAAGUACAACGCAAUCUAUGCCAGCUCGUUGUUAUACCUCACUGGAGCUUUGUUAAUGCUCCCAGUUUCCAACGACGAAAUCGCCCAUAACAAGACAACGCGAUUAGUGUACUUUGGAUUGUCCCUUGUGAUGAUUGCAGUGGGCACUGGAGGAAUCAAAGCCAACGUGGCGCCCUUAGGAGCUGAUCAGCUUGAACAAUACGGGCCGAGAGCCGUCCAGAGAUUUUUUAAUUGGUUCUAUUGGUUUAUUAACGUAGGAUCGCUGGUGGCGUUUACAGUUGUUGUGUAUGUGCAACAAAAGUACACCUUCUUUUACGGGUACCUUAUCACUGCCUGCAGUAUGUUACUAGCUGUCCUAACCUUCGUCGUCUCCCGUAACAAGUACAUAGUCAAGCCACCUGGAGGUAGUCAAAUCACCGAGACUGGGAAAAUAAUCUAUCAGGCGAUAAAAAAUCGCCCUCAACCAGAGGCAACGACGUGGCUGGACAGGGCAAAGAUAAGUUUUGGUGGAACGUUCUCUGAAACACAAGUUGAAGAUGUCAAGGCACUGUUGCGUGUCAUUCCAGUAUUUCUUCUAUUUAUCGUUUAUUGGGUAAUCUACGCACAGGUAACUAAAUGCUCCAUUCCGAAUAUAAGCUAAGUCAUAAAACAUACCAAAGAUACAGUUUGCUCUAUGAAGGUUCGGCAAUUAAAUAGUCAGUGUCAUUUAUCAGUUAGUACACUUAUAGAGUCGAAAGGACGCUUUUUUCAUCUUGCAAAUGAGAAAAAAACUAAUUAUAUUAGAACCAACUAAAUUAGCUUGCUUUAUAGGUCAAAGGCCUUAUGUAGCCUAAGCGAAGAGAGGAGGAAACAUAGUUCUCCUUCUCAAUCAGCCAAUACAUAUCAUUGCCAUAUAUAUAUAAAAGCAUCUAUCUUGAAAACUCAGUUUUCCCCUAAUCUUAAGGAAUGUGUCUAUUAUGGGUCUGAAGCAGUUUCUGGGGCCGAUACUCUCUACAAUGGCCCAUACGUGGAGGUUCCGCCUGAAAUGGGUACCUUUUUCAGGUAUAAGAGAGGGCGGUAAGGAUUUCUCUUGCUGAAGUGAAAAAAAAAUACUGUAGGGAAAUUUGUCCGUUUUAAGUCUGUAAAAAGGCCCAAAAGGGCGAACAGGUGCUAUGCUAUGGAUGUAAAAAAAAGUCGAGAAAACGCUCUGGUUUUGUGUUCUAUUCAUAUUUUUAGGACGUUUAGUGCAGUUACAGCAGUUAAAAGGGAUGCGAAAUUCUAAACUAGGCAUACCAAAGGGUUACCAAUUAUAAAUAGAAGGUAUACGAAAAUAGCAUAUACAAGGGUGAGGGGCUGGACCUUGGAACGGAGCCUUCCGUUUCAAACUUGCCCGGUCCCUCACCCCCUCCCUGCUGGAAGUAGUUUUCUUCUCUCCUAGAAAAAGAGAUCUUUAUAGAAUCUAAAUUCAUUAUUGAUUUAUUCUUAUUUUAUAUUCAGAUGUCGACAUCAUGGCUUAUUCAAGGCACCUACAUGAAACUAGAAUUUGAGAGCUUCAGCGUUCCAGCGGCAUUUCUAUCCAUUUUUGACAUAUUUAUAAUUCUUCUUCUCAUUCCGUUAAUGGAUCAUGUCGUGUAUCCCAUUCUCAAACACUACGGAAUUUCCUCCAGUCCCUUACGCAGAAUUGGAGUUGGAAUGUUGUUAGCUACAGCAUCUAUGAUUGUAUCGGGGCUGGUGGAGAUAAAAAGAAGGCAUGCUGUAGAAGAAGGACAAUUCUUUGAUCAGGUUGUUUUUCGUGAACAUCGCAACGCUUCAACGGUGAAUAUCUUUUGGCAAGUCCCACAAUUUCUUCUGCUUGGUUCCAGCGAGGUGCUGUCAGUUAUUACAGGUACUUAUAUCAUAAUUGAGUAAUAAUUAGUUCUGUUUAACCAUAUUUAGUACUCGCUGUGGUUAGCCAAAUAAUUAAGCAGUGGGGGCAGUCACAUCCCAUUAGCUUACAAGAUAAUCUAAUUUUAGAUAAAGAUUACUUUCGAUUUGUGGAACGCGUUUUCUUAGCGAGGCGGCCAUUGUGAAUUUUGCAGUCAGCUAGUGCAAGGACCAGAGCCGAGGGUAAGCUAUCGGAUCUAUCCGAAGCGCGCGGUGUUAGCUAGACUUGCUACAAGUCGAGCUCACGAAUUUAUUACUGAGCGAAGCGAGCUUUUAGGCCUCGAAAUUCUCGAAGCGGCCAAGCGAGCCACGAAGGACUUUUUUCAAAGUCUAGGUGAUAGCCCGUUGGAGGAGAAUCACCGCGCGCUUAUUAGUCAGUACCCGCGCCUCACGAUUCGAAGAGGACGCUCGGUUACUAGGACUUACCAAACGCCUUCCUGAAUAAUAAAAGUAUUUCUAGGCUUUUCGGCAAGAAACAUACGGUAGAAGACAAAGCUUUUUCUCGCGUAUCCUUAAAAAAUAAACAACCCUGAAAACUCUUUUUUCAUUAGAAAAGUUAACGCAGUUAUUUUUAUUGAAGGUUAAUCCCUCUCCCGAUGACAAAAUGAUAAAUCUUCUAAUAUUUGAUAACUUGCAAUUGUUUCCCUCACUACAACUUCUCCAAAAAUUUGUAGUAGAAUGACGACGGCUAUCGCGUUUUGUUCCCGCCAAAAUGACGCUGGUUUGCAUGCGCGCGCACUAGUUAGCAUUGACAAAAUCUCAUUCUCUUGGUCGUCCUUGUAUUCCCUUGUAUUAUAAUCCAUAGGUCUCUACAAGAGAGGAUUAAGGGGACAGAGAAGGCAUCCUCCAUACACACCCUAUUCCAUAGGUAGUUCGUCUCGCGUUAUUUUUAAGACCACAGAUCCCAAGAGGAAUUAGACAACAGCCAAUCACAUAGUGCGAAUGUGGUCCCCGUGGAUGACCCACCCUAGCCAUGCGUCCUUCACAAAUUGACGCAGAACAAAAUGGCGGAAGACGCGGAGAGCGAUAUUGCUAUUCGUUUUGUCGACGAAAACGACUACAGAGAGAUUUCUGCUAAAGCUGUGUCAGAGAAACGGAAAUUAAAAAAGAAUCGCCCUUCCUCUCUUGUAUAGAGCUAACACUACAGCAGGGAAAUCCUUAACACACUGAAUAUUCUCUCAGGAUCAUUUAUAAUUUACAUUUUGAAGAGAGCAAUUUCUGGUUUGAUAUUUAUUCUUUUAUUAGUUGCUUUAUUGUACAAACGACAGGUUUCAAUAGACCAGCGAAAUUUCUCAUUUUAUUAAAGCACUGAGGUCACGAAAACUUCGAGUUAAACUGAUUUCAUGGGUUGUCAAAGAGUCUAGCGAUUCCCUUUUCCCAGGUGAGCGCCGAGUCAUUUCGCGUCAAUAUUCAGGAAUGCUUUCAAUCUCUUUACGCUUUCAUUGCCUUGCGCCCAACAUGUUUUGCACGGCGUUUAGUCAGGCGAAACCUCCACGAAACAUCCACUCAGCGGGCGAGGUAACUUUAUCCCGAUUCUAAAAAUAACUCGAGACGAAUAACCUAUGGAAUAGGGUGUGUAUGGUGGAUGCCUUCUCUGUCCCCUUUAUCCUCUCUUGGUCUCUAUUAUUAAAUAUAUAGAGCCAUAAUAUUAAUUUUGGACUUUUCUAUGUGAAUAGGGCUGGAGUUUGCCUACUCUCAAUCUCCUGAGUACUUGAAAGGAGUAGUAAUGGGCAUGUUUCUGAUCACCGGUGGCCUUGCAAACUAUAUCACCAGUCUUAUUGUUGUCAUAGUCAGAUCAGCGAGUAACAACAGAUGGUAUCCAAGCAGCGACCCUAACAAAGGAGAACUGGAAUGCUUCUAUUUUCUUCUAGCCUCGCUAAUGAUGCUCAAUUUUGCCAUUUUUAUGUUCGUUGCUUCGCGGUAUACUUACAAGGUUAAGCCCAAAAAGAUUCCACAGAAAGAGUAUUGGGUGAAAGGAGAUCAAGAAAAUGAACCUAAAGUAUAA